AUGUGUUUCUCACCUCUGUUUGUCACCUCAUUGCACCCUUGGCUUUGCCUCCCUGACAGCUUUAACCGCCAUCCGAACCGCACCAUUCCAUGUUUUGGGGCUCUUUUCUCGCAGUUGCCGUUGAACACCUCGCAACAACAAAAACAACUUGACAUGUCCAACCGGAGCGUCGUGGCGGCCAUGAGCGGGACCACGUGUGGAGCAAGCGAGCCUGGGUGUGUUUGGAAGGCGGGUGUGAGCAUCCGUUACGACAUCACCUCACGGCAUGCGUUCUGGUGGGAGCAGCACUUCCCACGUUGGGAGAUGCACACCUUCCGGGUCUUCCAACGCUUUGUGAGGCCGGGCGCGGUGGUCUUGGACGCGGGCGGGUGGAUCGGCAGCACCGCCUUGUGGCUGGCUGAGCGGGCACGGAAGGUGGUGGUGCUGGAGCCCGGAGAUCGAGCCUUCGAGGAGCUCCUUUUGCAUGUGGCGCAGAACCCCACGAGGCGGUCGCGGCUCUCGUUGCUGCGAGCAGCCUUGGGACCCAAGAGGGGCCUGGUGCAGAUGACGAACCGUGGCGAUUCCGCAGAUCAAGUCGGCGUCUUCGACCGGCAGGAGGGCAUCUUGAGCUCUGUCUUCGGAAUCAAUGACCUGCUCUAUGCCUUUCCCGAGUUGGAGGACGUCUCCUUCAUAAAGAUCGAUGUGGAAGGAAGCGAGCGUGAUAUCAUCCCUGCAAUGACAGACUUCUUGCGCCGAAAGCGACCAGUCAUGCUGCUGUCCAUCCAUCCGCAUGCAUUGAUGGACGAUGAACUCUCCAAGUUGAUUGGUGAACUUCGAGCGCUUUGCCCUCAGCUCUAUAGCUUUCAUUGGAACAUGAGUCGCUGGUGGCUUCGCGAUUUUCAGUUCACCUACCGACAAAUUGUGGCCAUGCCAGAGGUGGCUGAUCCUGCAGAUGAUGCUUUGUGCACUUGGGAGCCCUUGCCGGCUGACGCGCUUCAGGUGGAUGAUGAAUGA